AUGGGCAACGCUCGUCGCGCCCCCUACGGCUCGUCCAAGGCCGCGAAAACGAAGAAUUCGCCUCCGAAGCGCCGGAAAUCGCCUCCGCCGCCUCCGCCGCCGCAAAAGUUCCACCCGAAAAACCUCGGGCCGCUGCCAAACGUCACGCCCGCCGACGACCUCACCGAUAUCGUGGCUCUCGCGAACGUCCUCGUCGCGCUGACCGCCUACAUCGCCUUCGCGCGGCGUAUCGGCGUCCUCAGCGUCGCGUCGCUCCCGCUCAUCGGCGCCGGCGCCGGCGUCCUCGCGGGCGUCACUGCCAUCUUCUUCAUGAACUACGACGUCGACAAGCAAGGGAAAACGGUCUACGACGGGCACACGGACAAGGACAACAGCUGCGUGCGCUGGGCGACGCGCGGGCUCUGGUCCGCGAUCGGCCUCCCGGCGGCCGUCGUCCGCUCGAUCUCCGCGAAGGUGCUCGUCAUCGACAUCUUCAGCCUCAAGCUCGCGACGCACGACGCCGACGGCAAGCGCCUCAACCCGGAGUACGAAUACGUGCGCGUGUGCAAGGGCUACGAGAACGCGAAGCAGCUCGCGCUCCUCUACCGGGACCUCAUCGUCGCGAUCCUCAUCUACGUCAAGGUGAAGAAGGGCCGCGCGGUCCCCGUCGUCUCCUUCGGCCUCUCGGCCGCCUCCUUCGUCACGGCGCACCUCACGGGCCUCGACUUCGUCGACGUGAUCGGCGCGCUCAUGCACCCCGAGGCCUUCCUCGCGCUGCCGACGAGCCCGGCGACGCUCGCGAAGAAGAUCGCGAACGGGAAGAUCGUCACGGUCGCGACCUCGCUCGCGACCUACGUCAAGGCCGACGCCGCCGUCGCGGCCGUCGUCGCGCUCCUCGCGCCCGGCGCGAGCUUCUUCGCGAGCUUCCACGUCGGCGCGUUCAACGGCCACGCGACGUUCCUCGUCGAGAUCUCGAAGGCGCGGUCCCGGAAAAUGCUCGACCGCUGGGCCUCGAUGACGACGGCGGCGCGCGAGGCGCUCUCCAAGAAGCUCAACGCCGCGAACGUCAAGCGCUGGGCCUCGAUGACGACGGCGGCGCGCGAGGCGCUCUCCAAGAAGCUCAGCGCCGCGAACGUCAAGCGCUGGGCCUCGAUGACGACGGCGGCGCGCGAGGCGCUCUGCAAGAAGCUCAAGCUCGCCUACGACGAGGGCAAGAUGACGGGCCUCGUCAAGAAGGGCGAGACGCACUCCGAGGCGACCAAGGCCAAGAUGCGGAAGCCCAAGUCCGACGCGAGCAACUAUGUCGGCAACAACAACAACACCCGGGAUGACACGAUCCACUGCUAUUGCCCGAACCCGGCGUGCGACGGCGGCGCGAACGGCACGGCGUACCGCACCUCCAUCCCCCACCAGAGCCGCGACUUCCCCAAGCACUUCGCCAAGUGCUCGCCCUGCGCGGACUUCGUCCGCAAGGCGCUCGACGAGGACGACCCGGAGGGCGUCCUCUUCGGCUCCCGCUUCAAGUGGCCGAAGUGGCUCCCCGCCCAGCAGUGGUUUAGCGACGCUCGUUUCCCGUGCAUGUUGCAUACGACCGCGCAACGUCGACGGCACCGCGCGCGCCGCGAAACGACCAUGAAGUACCUCGACAUCCUCGCGUCCUACGUGCCGUCGUUGGUGGUGUCCCACCUCCUCGACGACCUCGAGGGCCCCGUGCCGACGCGCGAGGCCUUCCGCACGGUCUGCCUCUUCUGCGACGUGUCCGGCUUCACGAAGCUCAGCGAGGCGAUGGCGCAGAGCGGCCGCGGCGCCGAGGGCCUGAAGACGCACCUCAACUCCUACUUCUCGCAGAUGAACAAGAUCAUCUCGGGCAACGGCGGCGACAUCUUCAAGUUCGCGGGCGACGCCAUGAUCGUCCUGUGGCCGCCGAGCGACGACCUCGGCGACUUGGCGCGGCGCGCGACGCAGUGCGCGAUCGAGAUCCAGCGCGCGCUCGACCAGAGCCACGCGGAGGUCGCGGCGUUCUCCGCGGGCCCGGCGCCGGCCGACGGCCGCGGCGCGCCGCCGGGCAAGGCCGCGCAGGUCAAUCUAUCCGUCAAAAUCGGCGUCGGCGUCGGCGACGUCGCCGUGCUCCACGUCGGCGGCGACCACGGCCGCGCGGAGUACGUCGCCGUCGGCGACCCGCUGGACCAGGCCUUCGGGGCGGAGCACCACGGCGCCGCGGGCCACGUCGUCUGCUCGAAGGAGGCCUGGGCCCUCGUCGGCGACCACUUUGGGAAAUUGGAGGACGCGGGCGGCGGCUUCGUGCGCGUCGACGCGGAGGCGAGAUACGCGAAGACGCGGUGCCAGGGCAUCGCGGCGUUCACGGAGGACCGCUUAUCGUCCGCGUCCACGGACCCGAAGACCGAGGCGGCGCUGGAGGUGCGGCUCGAGCGCUACAUCCCGCGGAGCGUCCUCGCCGCGCUCCAGCGCGACUCGCGCGAGUGCGAGAAGUGGGCCAACGAGAUCACGUCCUGCGUCGUCGUUUUUGUGAAUCUGGGCAUCUCCGAGGCCAUGCUCAACGGCGCCGCGGACGCGCGCAGCGACCCCGACGGGUCGCGGCUCCGCUUCCUCCACGACGCCUUCGGCGCGGCGCAAAAGGCCGUCUACGAGUACGAGGGGUCCGUCAACAAGUUCCUCCACGACGACAAGGGGUCGACGCUCAUCGCCUGCUGGGGCCUGCCCCCGACGACGCACGUCGACGACCCGGUGCGGGCCGUGCUCGCCGCGCUCCGGCUCUGCGAGCUCCUCGCGGACUUAAAGCUCGUCGCGUCCGUGGGCAUCACCGUCGGCGACGUCUUCUGCGGCGUCACGGGGUCCGUGAAGCGCCGCGAGUACACGUGCCUCGGCGACUCCGUGAACCUGGCCGCGCGCUUGAUGCAGAAGGCGGGCACGCUCGUCGCCGGCGGCGACGAAGACGCGCCCUGCGGCGGCGUGCUCGUCGACGCGAAGCUCCGGGACCGCGUGGGCCCGGUGCUCCGGUUCGCGAGCCUCGGCGAGAUCACGGUCAAGGGCAAGUCGGAGAAGAUUUCUAUUUUUCACCCCUACGGCCCGCGGCGGACCCUCGACUGGCCCGACGACCCGCGGACGGCCGACGGCCAUACCGCGCGCCACCGCCACUCGCCGGCCGCGGUCUACGCGCGCCACCUCGCCUGCCAGCUCGACCAGCGCGCGGCCGCGACGGCCCUCGAGGCCGCGCGCGCGGCCUUUGGCUUCCGCGCGAAGCCGCCGGACGGCGCCGCGUGGCUCAAGGUCCAGCACUCGUCGACGCGCGCGCGCGUCGGCGCCGUCGUCGGAGCCGCGGCGAAGGCGCGGCCCGGCGGCUCGACCUACGGGCGGCUCCGGAGGUCCGUGCUCGGGGCGCGGCCGUCGUCCAAGGGAACGAGGAAACCAACGUCCUUCUUCCAGAUGUCGCCGCGGGGCCGCGCGCCGCCGUCGCCCGCGGCGUCCGGCGCCGACGACGACUCCGACGACGGCGACGCCGUCGAUUUGUUAGAUGACGAGGGCUACGACAUGGGGCAGCUCGUCGCGCGCGAGCCGGCGUUCGCGCGCCGGAGCCGGUUGCUCUGGCGGCGCCUCGAGGGCGAGGAGUUCCUCGACGACGACCGCGACCACGCCGUCGUGCGCUACGCGGGCGAGGCGGCGCCGUCGCGUCUCGUCGUCGAGUGCGCCGAGGGCGGCGCCUUACUCGGCUUCGGCGGCGACGCGGCCGCGGACUGCCUCGCCUUCGACCUGGACGGCUGCGAACGGCCGACGAUGCGCGACCUCCGCGACCGCGCGCACGCGGCGGCCGUCGCGGCGGGCCUGCUGCCGGCCGCGCGGGAGCCGGGCCCGUCGCCCGCGGCGACGCGGCUCCGCAAGGCCGCGCUCCGCGCCGUGGCCUUCCGGACGCCGCGGCGCAGCGCGAGCGAGGACCCGAAGCGCGGCCUGAGCCGCGACGCGCCGCGCGAGGCCUCCUUCUUCAAGGGCCGCGCGCUCACGUCGACGGCGCGCGCGGCGCGGGGCAACCGCCACUUCUUCUCGCGGGCCGUCGUCGACGCGGGCGACGACGACGACGACGCCUUCGCGCCGCGCGCGCCCGCGACCGAGGCGCGCGAGCCCCCCGCGAGCCGCGACGCCUACGUGCUCCGCGUGCGCGGCACGCGCGCCUGGCUCCCCGCGGACUCGCUGCUCCCGCUGACGAAGCUCCAGGCCUUUGUCGCCGCCGUGCUCGGGAUCGCGCCGGACGCGCUCGACGAGCGCCGCGCCGCGCCGCACUGCGAUCCGGCCGGCGGCGGCCGCGUGCGCCUGGCGCUCACGCGGCGCGUCCACCUGCUCGGCGCGUCGAGCCGCGUCUCCGUGCUCCGGAGGGAGCUCUUCCUCGCGAAGACGGCGCUCGGGGGCAUCCUCGAGGCCGCGGCGCCCGACGCGCCGGUUGACGAGGACCUGCCCGCGCUGCUGGAGCGCGCGAAGCGCGCCGCGGAGGAGGAGCCGAUCCCCGAGCGCGACGCGCCGCCGGGCCUGCCCCUGCCGCCGGCGGACGCGCGCGGGGACGACCCCGCGCGGCCGCCGGAGCCGGACGGCGCGGCGCCGGAGCCGGAGCCGGCGCCGGGGCUCGCGGGCUCCAUCGCCGCGUCGCUCCGGGCGUGCAACGUCGCCGCCUGCGGCUCGGCCAUGGACGCCGAGGACCCCUGCGAGGACGUCGUGCCCCGGGCCUACGAGCCGCCGCCGGAGGGCGCCCCCGCGCGCCGCGAGUCCGCGCGCGCGUCGUCCGCGGCGGCCGCGCGGCGCGGCCGCGCGGUGCUCGUCGUGCCCGAGGCCCGACUCGGCAGCCGCCACGGGCGCGUCGUCGUCGUCGAGGCCGAGUCCGGCUGCGGCAAGUCGGCGCAGGUGUCCGCGUUCGCGGCGCUCGCGUCGCCGCGGACCGCCGUCGUCUGCUUCUGUGCGGCCAAGCCCUUCGGGGAGACGACGCCGCUGGGCCCCUUCGUCGCCGUGGCCGCGCACUACGUCGGCGUCGUCGCGGCGCGCGCCUGCGGCGGCCGCCACGUCGCGUGCCGCGCGCUGCUCGGGCGGCCGGAGCUCGACGACGACGGCGCGUGGGACGCUGUGUGGGACGCGGCGCGGCGCGAGCUCCGCGACGUGCUGCGGGCGCCGGCGGAGCUGCGCCUCGACGGCGGCGACGGGAGCGCGAAAUUCGCCCUGCUCUUCCGCCUGCUGAACGCCGCCGCGCGGGGGCCGCGGCCGCUCGUCGUCGUCAUCGACGACGCGCAGCAUCUCGACGUCGCCUCGUGGAAACUCGCGGCGCUCUGGCGCUCCGAGGCGCUGCCGGGGCUGCUGGUCCUCGCGACGCGGCCCCUCGUGUGCCUGCCGCCCUGGCGGGCGCGGGAGCGGGCCGCGGCGGCGUGCCUGCUCGGCGACGACGACGCGAGCGACGGCGAGGCCGACGAGGUCGCGCGGCGCGACGGCGGCGCGGCGCCGGCGGCGCCGACGACGAUCCGCCUGGAUGGGUUGCCGCCCGAGGACAUGGAGUGCCUCGUGCUGGAGACGCUCGGCGUCGGCGUCUGCGCGCGCUCGCCCGUGCGGAAAUCAACCGCUGGUUUGGGACGUCCCGACCAAACUUUGAAAUUCUCUAGCUCGGCCAAAUCGCCGUGCUCGCGCGCGCUCCGCGGCGCGGUCUUCGAGUACUCGCGGGGCAACCCGGGCCUCGCCGCGGACGUUUUAGACGAGCUCGUCCACGGGCCGGACCACGACGCGCGCUUCUCGCGCCGCGACGCGGGCCUCCCGCCGAGGCGCCGCCCGAACGCGGCGGCGCCCAAGCGGUCGUCGGCGAACGGGAAGCGGAGCCUCGCGGCCGCGCCGGCGAAGGACGGCGUCGUCGACGCGCGCCGGGCCCGGGCCUGGCUGCCGCCGCGGCCCGGCGCGCCCUCGCUCGAGGUCGUCGAGCUCAACGGGUCGACGCUCGUCCGCGGGCCCUCCGGGCGCGGGCCGGCCGCGCGGCUCGACGACCUCGGGCCCCGCGGCGGCCCGCACCCGGGCUGCCGCCUCGCGCGGGCGCGCCUGCGCACGUCCGCGGGGGCCCCGCUGCGCGUCGCGGAGACGGCGCGGCCGCGGAGCGCGUCGGGCGACUUCGCGGAGCGCGCGUCCGACGCCGGCGACGACGGCGCGGCGAAGAAGCGGCCGUCGUCGAGCGUCGUCGCCGUCGUCGACCGCUUCCCGCUCGCCAACACGUCCCGCCAGUCGCUCACGGAGAAGCUCAACGGCCUCGACGUCACCGCGCUCAUCGUCAAGACCGCGGCGCUCGUCGGCCACGCGUUCUCGCUGCCGUUCCUCAAAGACUGCGCGCCGCCGUCGCUGGGCGGCGACGCUUUGGAGGACGCCGUCGGCGACCUCGUGGCCCUCGGCCUGCUCGAGGUGCUCCCGGACGCGGGCGACGCGGUGCUCUACGCGGUCGCGCACGGCCCCGCGAUGCGGCGCACCGUCGCGCGGCGCAUGCUCGUGAGCGACCAGCAGCUCCUGCGGGACCGCAUCCGCCGCGCGGCGGACGCGGCGGCCCAGAAGCGGUUCCGGCGGCGCGAGGCGCAGCUCGCGCGGCAGGUCGCCGUCGCCGGGUCGAGCCGCGGCGCGGAGACGUCGGGCGUGCUCCUCUGCCUCAAGCGCUGCGGCAAGGUGUCGUCGGCGCUGGCGCGCGUCGCCUGGACCUGCGAGGCGCUGUCGGCGCCGUCGCCGCGCGAACAGGGCGACGACGACGCGGCCGACGGCGGCGUCUUCCGCGGCGCGUUCGUCCGGGGCGACCGGCGCCUCGCGGUGAACCAGCACGUCCACUACAAGCCGCGCUACGCGAGCCUCACGGCGACGGAGCUGCUGCUCUUCAAGACGGAGGCCGACCUGCGCCGGGGCGCGCCCUACCACGCCGUGCCGCUCCUCGGCGCGUCGUGCGCGCUGGCCCGCGACGAGUCGCCGUCGUCCGCGACGAAUCGGGCCCGGUCCAAGCUCGGCGGCCAGUCCGGCGCGCCGACGUUGGUGCUCACGUCGGGCAACUCGACGUCGAAGAAGCGGCGCGACGUCCUCGUCUUCGCGUCGCCGCGGCCCGGCGACGACGACGCGCGCGACGACCUCGAGGACUGGCUCGUCCGCGUGCGCCUCCUCGCGCGGCGCGAGCAGCAGCGGCGCGCGGCCCGGGACCACGACGCGGCGCACCACGACGUCGACGCGGCGGAGGAGGAGGAGGCGCCGCCGCGGCAGCGGUCCGCGGAGGACCACGCGCCGCCGCCGGACGCCGGCGCGGGACGCGGGCGCUUCGAGCCGGACGCCGGCGACCACGUCGCGCCGCACCGCCACUCGCUCGCGCACCGGGCCGACGCCAUGGUCCUGUCGAGGAACACGCGGCGCGACGGCCCGCGCGCCGCGCCGGCCGCGCCGCCGGACCUCCUGCGCGUCGUCGUGCGGGUCGAGGCCGCGAGGAACCUGCUGAACCGCGACGUCUACGCGCUCCCGCACUCCGUCGCCUACGCGCUGGCCCUCGGCGGCGCGCGGCGGCGGAGCGCGCGGCCCGUGCUCGGCAAGGCGGCCAUCACGUGGGCCGAGGAGCACGCGUUCCUCGCGGAGCGCGCGGACGUCGAGGACGCGACGUCCGGGUUGUCGAGCCUGAGGCUCGCGGUGCUCGACAAGCGCGCGUUCAUCGCGCCGGACCGCCUCGGCGACGUCGACGUCGACCUGCGGCCCUACGUCGUCGACGACCCGCCGGACGAGCCCGACGGCGCGCCCUGGGAGCGCCACGCGUGCCUGCGGGCCACCGACGCGACGUCGUUCCCGCUCAACGCGCCCCAGGAGCAGAACAUCCUCUGGCUCGCGAAGGACAAGGUCCAGCCGCCGACCAUCGCCCUCGCCAUCAAGAUCUUCAAGGCGCGCGUCUCGUAA